AGAUAGUGAAGUUUGCCUUAUACCAUUGGAGGGUGCGAAAACACCUCUUACAAAACCACUUUACACAAUCCAAUUUAGACUCGACCUCUACACCUUGACAACGCGCUUAAUUAGGCGUUGACACUCUAAAAGGGGAGGGCUAAUAGCGCACUUCUGCUGUAGCCUACUCCAGAAGUUCAACGAUACAGCAAAGUCGCAAGGGGUCGGGAAACAAUGGCCAGACGAAAAGAGAAAGUUUGCUUGUGCAUAAGUAUUCCGAUUAUAUGUAUUAUUUUAAUUAUUAUUAUUUGCGCGACUCACUUUAACGAGCAGUGUACUGACGGACUUUACAAAAAAGCAGCAGUGGCAGCGGACUCGGAAACCUGCUCAAAGAUCGGGCGAGAUGUACUGCAGUUGGGUGGCUCAGCGGUAGAUGGCGCCAUUGCUACUUUACUGUGCACGUCAAUCAUAAAUCCUCAGAGUAUGGGCAUUGGUGGAGGAUCUAUAUUCACAAUACGGGAACAAAGUGGCAGAGUGAGAGUAAUCAAUGCCAGAGAGACUGUCCCAAAAACUUUUAAAACCGACCUUCUUGCCAUGUGUCCAACCACAAUACAGCCAAUGGAAGGUGCUCACUGGAUCGGUGUACCUGGUGAUAUCCGUGGCUAUGAGCGAGCUCAUAAACUGUAUGGACGUUUACUUGAGCCCACUAUCAAGAUGGCUAGAGAGGGCGUCCCUAUACCCUAUGUGCUCUCUCAAUUUUUGCCACUUCUCUUAAAGGAGAAGCCAGAAUCACCAUUACGCCAGUUAUUCCAGAAUGAAGAAGGCAAGCUAUUAAAAGAAGGGGACAUAGUGAGAUUUGAAAAACUAGCAGAUACACUUGAGAUCAUCGCAGAACAAGGAGCAGAUGCUUUAUACAUCGGAGACAUUGCCAAAGACCUUGUCAGUGAUAUACAAAGCGCAGGCGGAACAAUUUCUCUGGAGGACUUGAGGUCGUUCAGGGCAUCUGAAUUAGGUGCCUGGGAAGUGGCUCUAGGAGAGUAUGAAAUGUACUUUCCUCCACCGCCAGCAGGGGGAGCUACACUUAACUUUAUGCUAAAUACCAUGCUAGGUUUUGACCUAAAUUCUGCAUCUCUGGAGGGAGACGAGAAGGUCUUAACAUUUCAGCGUUAUGUAGAAACCUGUAAAUUUGCCAACGGUCUUAAGAAGUUCAUGAAAGAUCCCAAUUUUACCUCUCAAACGGAGGCAGUUGAGAUCAUUCAGAAGCAUUUUGCGGAUAAAGUGAGAGCAACAAUCAGCCCUGACCGCACUUAUGAUGCCAGCUACUACAACGUCACUCCAUACCUGGACUCUCAUGGCACCACUCAUGUGUCCGUGCUUGCUGAGGAUGGUAUGGCGGUAUCUGUGACCAGCACCAUCAAUCACAUAUUUGGAUCCAGAAUUUUCUCCCCCAAAACAGGCAUCCUCCUCAACAAUGAACUUGCAGACUUCUGUGGAAAAACAGACCAGAUUCAUGCUGGUGAGCAGCCGCCUUCCUCCAUGUCUCCAGUGAUCCUUUACUCCCCAUCUCAGAAGCACAUUGUGGUCAUAGGAGCCUCAGGUGGCAGUAUGAUCACCACCGGGGUGGCUCUGACUCUCAUGAACUUCCUGUGGUUCGACAAGACUCUACAAGAGUCCAUCGACGCCCCUGUAGUGUUUGUGGACUCCAAAAACGUCCUCAACUUUGAGCCCUUGUUUGACAAGAUUGUUCUGGAGUCACUUAACAAGACUGGGCACAAAGUCAAAGUCCCACAGAUGUUUUAUAAUGUGGUAAAUGCAGUGUCAAAGGAAAACAACUGCAUAGAGGCUGUAUCUGACUCACGCAAACAUGGAAAAGCUGCAGGGUAUUGACCUGGAGUGCAGUUGGAGACUGCUUGAUGCGUCUGUGCCGUGUUUGGAUGAAGUAAACCGGCCAGUUGACAAAUUGACAAAUAAUAGCAAACACCAUCAAUAUGUGAAGUUUUGAUGUUUUACUGUGAAAAGCAUGAAAAUAUAUUUUUCAUUUUACUGUGAAUAAUGUGCGUUGUAAAUAUGUUGAUGUAUAUAUAUUUACACAGCAUGUGAAUGUUAUUUUAUAAUAGUUUGCAACACUGCUUUAGGCACACGUUUAAAAAAAUCACUUUGUAAGCUACCCAACUUGCUUGUAUAAUGUGAGUUGAUUUGUGCACAUAGCCGUCAAAGAGGGCAAAUAUACAAUAUGGUUCAAAAGUUUG